GCCAGAACUCGUCAGGCCCGAUUCAGAAUAAAUGGCGCAUUCCGAAAAACUUUUAACAAGACCAACACCCUAGUUCAUUUCUCCUCCUCCAGCAUACAGCAAGCUCUGUCUCGGGCCCCUACUCUAGCUGUCCCGGUCAGGAAUAGCCCUGGCUGCGCCCCUGGCACCGAAUACCGUAACUCUAUGCCAUGGCCGGAGCCCCCGGGUGAGCUGAGGGAUCCUUCCAGUGCUGCUGCUGCAGCUACAGUAAUACGGAGGACACAGCCUUUGCCUCUCCCCGCCUCCUCCCUCCCAUGUGGAUGUCUGUCACCGCCGCACGCUGCAUCCUCUCUCACUCGCUGGCAGCAGAGCUCAGCUGAUUACACACACAGGAGUCCCGGGCUCUCCUCACCUCAGGUUCUUCCUCCUGCACCCCGCACCUCUCUCCAUGUUCGGGCCGGAUAAGCUGGGGUACGAAAUGGAUUUCGGCUUUAUGAGUACGGCUUCUACGGGCGACUUUAACCCCUUCAGUGCUAGCAUCCCGGCCACCAAAGUGGAGCUAACAAUCUCUUGCAGGAAUCUUUUGGACAGAGACACAUUUUCCAAAUCAGAUCCAUUAUGUGUAUUGUAUACACAAGGUAUUGGAAACAAGGAAUGGAGAGAGUACGGCAGGACAGAAGUGAUUGACAAUACAUUAAAUCCAGAGUUUGUCAAAAAAUUUAUAAUGGACUACUUCUUUGAGGAAAGACAGAAUCUGCGAUUUGAUUUGUAUGAUGUUGACUCAAAAAGUCCCAAUUUAGCAAAGCAUGAUUUUCUUGGUCAGAUGUUUUGCACUUUGGGUGAAAUAGUUGGAUCUCAAGGAAGUCGGCUUGAGAAGCCUGUAACAGGGAUUCCAGGAAAGAACUGUGGAACAAUCUUUGUCACAGCAGAAGAACUGAACAAUUGCAGAGAUGCUGUGUUAAUGCAGUUUUGUGCCAAUAAACUUGACAAGAAAGACUUUUUUGGAAAAUCUGAUCCUUUUCUUGUAUUUUAUCGAAGCAACGAAGAUGGCAGCUUUACAAUUUGCCACAAGACAGAAGUAGUAAAGAACACAUUGAACCCUGUGUGGCAGGCGUUUAAGGUUCCAGUCAGAGCUUUGUGCAAUGGAGAUUUUGACAGAACAAUUAAAGUGGAAGUCUAUGACUGGGAUAGAGAUGGAAGCCAUGAUUACAUUGGUGAAUUCUCAACGAGUUACAGAGAGUUGUCUAGAGGACAGUCGCAGUUCAAUGUUUAUGAGGUAAUAAAUGCCAAGAAAAAAGGAAAAAAGAAAAAAUAUGUGAAUUCUGGAACUGUUACUUUGCUUUCUUUUCUAGUGGAAACAGAGGUUUCAUUUCUUGAUUAUAUCAAAGGAGGGACACAAAUUAAUUUUACAGUUGCAAUAGAUUUCACAGCAUCAAAUGGAAACCCUGCACAACCCACCUCUCUGCACUAUAUGAAUCCUUAUCAGCUGAAUGCAUAUGGCAUGGCACUAAAGGCCGUUGGAGAAAUUAUUCAGGAUUAUGAUAGUGAUAAAAUGUUUCCAGCAUUAGGGUUUGGAGCAAAGUUGCCACCUGAUGGAAGAGUAUGUCAUGAAUUUGCCUUGAAUGGCAACCCACAGAACCCAUACUGCCAAGGAAUAGAAGGAGUGAUGGAAGCCUAUUAUAGAAGCUUGAAAAGUGUACAGCUAUAUGGACCGACCAACUUUGCUCCAGUUAUUAAUCACGUUGCAAGAUAUGCUGCCUCAAUAAAGGAUGGCUCCCAGUAUUUUAUUCUGCUGAUUAUUACAGAUGGAGUUAUCUCUGACAUGGCUCAGACAAAGGAGGCAAUAGUCAACGCUUCAAAACUUCCAAUGUCAAUUAUUAUUGUAGGCGUGGGACCUGCAGAAUUUGAUGCAAUGAUAGAAUUGGAUGGAGAUGAGAUCAGAGUAUCAUCACGAGGACGGUUUGCGGAACGGGACAUUGUACAGUUUGUACCUUUUCGGGACUACAUUGACAGAACUGGAAACCAUGUGUUGAGCAUGGCACGGCUAGCCAAGGAUGUCUUAGCCGAGAUUCCUGACCAAUUUCUCUUGUACAUGAGGUCCAGAGGAUUCAAGCCAUUUCCUGCUCCACCUCCAUACACACCUACUGGGCACCUCCUACAGACUCAGAUCUGACUAGUAUAAAGUACAGUUCUUCCAACAUUUUGUGAAAUCUUGGAAGCUGCCAGUGCCAGGCCAGCUUUGAAGUAAGGUGCACUAAGACUGAACCCUUACAAGACCUGCUCAUAUGCAUGGAAAUGCGAAUGCUUUUUUUUUUUUUUGGAUCUAAAAAUUCUGUUUACAGACCAAAACUGUAAUUAUCGAUACAUGAAAAUAUAGAAAGAUUUUAAAUACUCGGCAGGAAAAACAAACACACACAAAAAAAACUGUUUCCUAUCUGAGUCUUAUUUUUGUGGCUGUUCAUUUUUAUUAGAACUGUUGGGGAAAGCACAAGUCACACUUUUGUUCCAAACCUUAUUGUUCUCCCUGACCGAGAUCUACUUAUGUGGGGAUGCAAUUCCUUGGUGUCAAUGUUUACAUGUUACUAAUUUUUAAAUUUCAGUACUUUUGUAACAAUUCUUAAAAAAGUUUUAAAUGAUAUAAAAUCCAGUGUCUUCUAGCUGGCAAUAAAUCUAGCUACAUAAAGCAAUAUCCCUUUUAAGGAUCUCUUACACAAACUUUAGGAGACAUGGUCUAGUGCUUUAACAUCUCUUGUAAAGAAAGAAAUCCCAAGCUUCAGCACUUAUUAACCAGUCUUCAUAUGAAAAUAAAAAAAUACUUUAAAAAAAAAAAUGAAGUACUUAAUACAGACGGCAAAAUAUUUUUUUCGGUAUCAGUACAGGAUCCCGGCGGUCGGGAUCCCGGCAGUCAGGAGAUUGACGCCGGGAGCCCGACAGCUGAGAUCCCGUUGGCGAGCACAGCAUAUCCCCUCGCAGGCUCACUGCGCUUCGGUCACCACAGGUUUCUAUGCCCCUCCGGAUGGUUGCGUGAACCACCACCAAGGAGGGGUAACCAGCCGGCGGUCAGGACUCUGACCGCCGGUAUUUCAGCUGGUGUCGGGAUUCCGGCGUCAGUAUCCUGACCGCCGGGAUCCCGACAGGCGGUCAAUUGACUGCCUCCCAUUUUUAUCCCCUUGAUAGUUUAUUCUGUAAAACAAUAAUAUUACAAACCUUCGUUUGAAAUCAUUAAAUUAAUUUCACAUAUCAAACAAAAAAGAAAAUGUCAAACUAUCAAUAUAUCUGCUUGACUUUUUUUUUUUAUUUGGAUUUCUAUAAAAAAAUAUUUUUAUAUUUUAUUUUGUAAUGCUUUAACGGGUGCAUGGUGUCUUAAUCUGUAUUUCAAAGAGAUGAUGAUGCAACAUGUUGGGGUUUAUUGUUAGCACCUACAGUAAUCACAUUAAUGUCAUAGAGAACUGCAGAUGGAGAAAACAAGGAUGUGUUGGGAAAUCGGUCUUCCAUUGCUCUGUGUGAGUAAUGCUAAUGCAGGACUUUAAGAGCGCUGAGGUGUAAGAAGAAAUGUUUGUCUGUGUAACUAUACACAAAACUAUGUUUACUAAAUUACCCAAAUAUAUAUAUAUAUAUAUAUAUAUAUAUAUAUAGGUUGAGUAUCCCUUAUCCAAAAUGCUUGGGACCAGAAGUAUUUUGGAUAUGGGAUUUUUCCGUAUUUUGGAAUAAUUGCAUACCAUAAUGAGAUAUCAUGGUGAUGGGACCUAAAUCUAAGCACAGAAUGCAUUUAUGUUUCAUAUACAUCUUAUACACACAGCCUGAAGGUAAUUUUAGCUAAUAUUUUUAAUAACCUAGUGCAUUAAACAAAGUGUGUUUACAUUCACACAAUUAAUUUAUGUCUCAUAUACACCUUAUACACACAGCCUGAAGGUCAUUUAAUACAAUAUUUUAAUAACUUUGUGUAUUAAACAAAGUUUGUGUACAUUGAGCCAUCAGAAAACAAAGGUUUCACUAUCUCGGUCUCACUCAAAAAAUUCCGUAUUUCGGAAUAUUCCGUAUUUCGGAAUAUUUGGAUAUGGGAUACUCAACCUGUAUAUAUAUAAAUGCUUGUUCAUAUAUAAAGGUACAAUGUUUUUGCAUGUACAGUUUUUACAAAUAUUACACAGUUUUGUGGUAUUUUGUGUCAAAUACAAUACAUUAUAUUCUAGAACUAAUGGCCUUAAACACACACCCAGUUCCUCAAAAUGAUUGUGAAUUGCCUUUAAAUGAUGGAAGCUAUUCUAUCUUUUUUUGUGUUGACCUUGUUACUGCUUUGUAUUGUAAUUUUUUUUUUGCAUAAUAUAUGCAUAAAUAUUUUGUCUAUUUCUAUGAUGUACUGUUAAAACAAAACUUAUUGUAAUUACCCCCUUUUUUGUAAGCAUGGUAACAGGUAUUUUGCGGAAUUAAAUUAUAUUAACAAUUUUAGAGGAUAUAUACUUAUGUAAUCUGAUAUCUUAAUUUUUUUAUUAUAUUAAAAUAAAUGAAACGCUUAA